AUGCCAAUUUCACCUUAUAACCUUAUCUGGUCUUCCACCACGACCCUCUUACCCGGCUCGUCAUCUCGCCGCACCAUACCGGCCCAGGUUCGCAUACUACGCAGCAAGACAGGCAUCAACAGAUGA